ACACACAGACGCUUCCUGCGCGGGGCCGGGCGCAGCGGGGUCGCGGCGGCUGCUGAGUUAAAGCUGUAAGUUUCCAGUGUCACUUCUGCAUUAGCUGAUGGAAGAUGUGUAACUGUGGAUGAACCAAUGCACGUGCACAACUUCAAGAUAAGAAUGGUGGUGUAUGUUGUAUUGCUAAGUACAACUGACUUGCACAUGGAGAUAAACUUCCACCAAGAAGAGUCUAUCUGGUAAGAAGGAACUGAGGAGGAUCAAGGGCGGCUCUUCCCUUUUAUACGGGCAUGCAGUGGUGAACAUCGGUGGAGGGCACUUGGCCAUCCUGACCUGUACUGCUGAGGGAAAAAAUUCUCUUGACAACUGUGCAUGAGGCGCACAUGUAUACCUGCAGUGGAUUGGACAUGUGCAGCACAUCUCAAAUAACAAGAGUUACAUUAAAGGUUUGGAUGAUGUGUGGUAAAGGCAUAAAAGCACACACUGAAUGAUGAGGAAAAAAGUUACCUAUUCAAUGAGCUCCAUCCUGUGGACUAAAUGAGGCCAGGGUCCUCUGAAAAAUACAGUUUGUGAUCCUGUAAUUUCUAUGAAGAGUUGGCAGGAAAUAAAUGCGUGUGAAGAAGUUUCUGCAUGAAGAUUAUCUGUCCAGCAGCGAUUACCUGACAACAUGACUUAGCAUAUGUCCUCUCAUAUUGAAUUGAGCCUUAAAAAUGAUUAGGAUUACAUGUUAAGUUUAAUACACUUCUGAUGAAUGUUCUAGAAAUGAGUUUGCAUCGGCAAAUGGGUUCUGAUCGGGACCUGCAGUCUUCUGCCUCCUCGGUGAGUUUGCCUUCAGUUAAAAAGGCACCAAAGAAAAGAAGAAUUUCAUUGGCCUCUAUCUUUCGGAGGAAAAAGGACACAAAACGCAAAUCCAGGGAUUUAAAUGGAGGGGUGGAUGGAAUUGCAAGUAUUGAAAGUAUACAUUCGGAAAUGUGUACAGACAAGAACUCCAUUUUCUCCACGUAUACCUCUUCAGACAGUGGAGCCACCUCUAGCAGCAAACCGAGUGGAGACUUCAUGGAGUGUCCCUUGUGCCUUUUGCGGCACUCUAAGGACAGGUUCCCAGAAAUAAUGACUUGUCACCAUAGGUCUUGUGUGGAUUGCUUACGUCAGUAUCUCCGGAUAGAAAUCUCUGAGAGCAGAGUUAAUAUCAGCUGCCCAGAAUGCUCUGAACGAUUUAAUCCCCAUGAUAUUCGUUUGAUAUUAAAUGAUGACAUCUUGAUGGAAAAAUAUGAAGAAUUUAUGCUUAGACGGUGGCUAGUUGCAGACCCGGAUUGUAGAUGGUGCCCAGCUCCAGACUGUGGAUAUGCCGUGAUUGCUUUUGGCUGUGCCAGCUGUCCCAAACUUACCUGUGGGCGUGAAGGCUGUGGUACUGAGUUCUGCUACCACUGUAAACAGAUUUGGCAUCCAAACCAGACCUGUGAUGCUGCUCGCCAGGAAAGAGCCCAUAGUUUGCGCCUGAGAACAAUUCGUUCUUCAUCUAUUAGUUAUAGCCAGGAGUCUGGAGCAGCAGCUGAUGAUAUAAAGCCAUGCCCGCGUUGUGCUGCUUACAUAAUAAAAAUGAAUGAUGGAAGCUGCAACCACAUGACUUGUGCUGUGUGUGGUUGUGAAUUCUGUUGGCUAUGCAUGAAAGAGAUCUCGGAUUUGCAUUAUUUAAGCCCAUCAGGUUGUACAUUUUGGGGAAAGAAACCAUGGAGCCGUAAGAAGAAAAUACUGUGGCAACUGGGAACGCUUGUUGGAGCUCCAGUAGGAAUUGCUUUAAUAGCUGGCAUUGCUAUUCCUGCUAUGAUUAUUGGAAUCCCUGUGUAUGUGGGGCGUAAGAUUCACAAUCGAUAUGAAGGCAAAGACAUUUCGAAACACAAACGAAACUUGGCUAUUGCAGGUGGUGUAACCUUGUCUGUAAUAGUUUCUCCAGUUGUAGCUGCAGUAACUGUAGGUAUUGGUGUUCCUAUUAUGUUGGCUUAUGUGUAUGGAGUUGUUCCUAUCUCCCUCUGUCGCAGUGGAGGCUGUGGGGUGUCUGCAGGCAAUGGAAAGGGUGUCAGGAUAGAAUUUGAUGAUGAAAAUGAUAUAAAUGUUGGUGGAACAAAUGCAGCAGUAGAUACCACUUCAGUAGCAGAGGCACGUCAUAACCCUAGUAUAGGAGAAGGAAGUGUUGGAGGAUUGACUGGAAGCCUGAGUGCAAGUGGUAGCCAUAUGGAUAGAAUAGGAGCCAUUCGGGACAACCUGAGUGAAACUGCUAGCACCAUGGCACUAGCUGGAGCUAGUAUAACAGGGAGUCUGUCAGGAAGUGCAAUGGUCAGCUGUUUUAACAGGCUGGAAGUUCAAGCAGAUGUGCAGAAAGAACGAUACAGUCUGAGUGGAGAAUCUGGCACAGUUAGCUUGGGAACAGUGAGUGACAAUGCCAGUACCAAAGCAAUGGCAGGAUCCAUUCUGAAUUCCUACAUCCCAUUAGACAGGGAAGGCAACAGUAUGGAGGUGCAAGUUGAUAUUGAAUCGAAGCCAGCUAAAUUCAGACACAAUAGUGGAAGCAGUAGUGUUGAUGAUGGCAGUGCUCCAGGUCGCAGUAAUACUGGUUGUUCAUCGGCCUGCUUGCCAGAAAGUAAAUCUAGUGCCACCAAGUGGUCCAAAGAAACAACAGCAGGAAAAAAAUGUAAAGGUAAACUGAGAAAAAAGAGUAGCAUGAAGAUAAAUGAGACCAGAGAGGACAUGGAUGCUCAGUUGUUGGAGCAACAAAGCACAAACUCCAGUGAAUUUGACUCUCCCUCUCUAAGUGACAGUAUCCCAUCUGUAGCAGAUUCCCACUCAAGUCAUUUUUCUGAGUUUAGUUGCUCUGAUAUGGAAAGUAUGAAAACCUCAUGUAGCCAUGGUUCCAAUGAUUAUCAUUCUCGCUUUACUACAGUUAGUGUUCUCCCUGAGGUAGAAAAUGACCGUUUGGAAAACUCUCCACACCAGAGUGCAAUCCCUGUGCUUGCUCCACCUGCCCCAAGCACUGAAGUUCCACAGCUGAGUUAUAUUGCUGAAGAAUGUGUUAAUAAUGGAACUUCAACUGAUGUAGGUGUAGGUCUUGGUGAAACACUGAAAGAAACAAAUAACAACCAUUCACAGCAUGCUGUGGAAUUAAACACUGCAAUUCAGACUGAAAUUUAG